AUGCCGUCCAAACGGUAUGAAACUGGGUUGGUAUUCUUGAGAGGCUGGAGGAAAUUCGACGUAGACGACUUGGUUGAAUACCGCACACCCAAUUGUCUUCAGGGCUUCGCUCCAGCCGUAUCAAACGACAUAGUCUGGAACAACGAGCAGGUUCAAGACUUCUACAGCCCGCUCCAAGGUAAAGUGAUGAAAUCCUUAUCCCUUACUGUGAAGGAGGUCUUUGAGGACAAUAAAGACAACAAAAUGGCUGUUUGGUUGAACAAUCGUGUUGAAUUUGGGCAAGAUGUCGGAGUUGCAGGGGGUGGAUACAUCAUGAUGUUAUGGUUCGACGAGAAACAGGAAAAGGUUACGAAAUUCAUCGAAUAA